AUGUCACUUGUUAAUUAUUACACAACAUUAGGUUACUAUGCAGUUCGUGUUGGACGCAAUCCAGGAAUAUAUAUGUCUUAUAAAGAAUGUGAAGAACAAGUUCUUGGAUAUUCUGGCGCUAUGUAUCGAAAAUUCGAUACUAAGCAACAAGCAGAAGAUUUUAUCAAACAAGAAAAUUUUGAUAAAAAUAUAUUAAAUGUAUGGACGGAUGGAUCAUGUGAUAAUAAUUUUAGAAUUGAAAACAAAAAAAAGAAAUUCAAUAAUAAAUUAAGUUCUAUCGCUGGAAUUGGAGUUUUUUUUAAAAAUAAAGAUCCUCGUAAUAUAUCAGAACGUUUACCAGGUUUACUACAAUCUUCUAAUCGUGCAGAAGUUUAUGCUGUAAUUCGUGCAUUAGAAAUAUGUGAUAAAGAUCAAGAUGUAGUUAUCAACACAGAUAGCACAUAUGUUAUUAAUAACUUUAAUGUUAAAGGUAAAGUUAAUUCAGAUCUUGUAGAUAGAAUGAAUGAUUUAAUUAGAGAGAGGAAAGGAAAAACAUAUUUCAAACAUGUAACAUCACAUUCUGGGAUAUAUGAAAAUGAUCAAGCUGAUAAGUUAGCAAAACAAAGUUUACGAAAACCUUUUAUUAAGGAUUUUAAUUUUUUAUCAAUUAACAAAGGAAAGAUUGAUUUUUAUUUUGAGAAACAUAGUAAAAUAGAUGAUUCAGUAAAUGCUACAGAUUCAUAUCUGUUAGAAUUUACACGAGUACUUCAAUUAUUAGAAGAAAAUAAUGAUAAAAAAAAAUUGUUAAUUGAAAUGAGAAACAAGAAUAUUUACCUAAUGCUUAGUGAAAAUAGAAUUGAUAAGUGGUUAAAGAAUAAUUGGUAUCGUCAUGGAACAACUAUAAAACUUAAAGCACCAAAAGAAAUAUGUAUUAGAAUUAAAAAUUUGAUAGAUAGUAGAUUAAAUGAAGUAGAAUUUGUAUAUGUAAAAAAGAGAAAAUAUAAUACGAAAUAA